CAUUUUGAUAUUUUAAAGAAAUACACAAACAGAUUUCCUGAAAAAAAAGUUUCUUUUUUUAUCAGGCAUGCAUCACAAACACUUCCACUUACAUCCUCAUUGGCACAGAUAUUUCCGCUGCUUGCGUUUGAACUGAAGAGUGCCCACCUGCUUGCAUCAGCUGUUCUGUGCUAGGAAGUCUAAAUUGAUUAUGUAUGCAUCAUCCAGACAGGAAGCCUCCCCCUUUCUCUCUGCUCUACAGUCUGAUGACACACGGUCAUUUUCUCCAGCCUCUCCCUAUCACUGCUGCACCAUCUGUGCCGGCGUCGCCGACCUUCCACAGCAGCCAUGCACGCAUUUGUUCCCAGGUUACAUCCAGCUCCAGGUAAAGAGGAAGAAGCUGAGUCUCAGAGAAAGGCCAAGUCCCGUCAUGCCAGACAAACUCGACGGUCAACUCAGGGUGUGUCUCUCGCAGAGCUGAAAGAGGCUCAGAGAUCCUACAGCCUAUUUCCACAAGACAGUGAGAAGGAGGAAGAAGGUGCUCUAGGAGAAAGGUCUUGUCUCAGGACAGGCUUUACAGAGGACAGUGGAGGUGAGAACGGACCCUCAGAGACCAGAGAAUCAGCCAAACUUACUCUGAAAUGGAGCAACAUGGACCAUGAGGGGAACAUCAAGAGGAGCUUGGGAACCUUUGCUGGGUCUCUGAGCCUGUCAUGUCUGUCCUCUGAUUUCCCUUCCAGCAGCAAUUUAUUCAGAGCUGAUGACAACCAAUGGAAAGAUGAAAAUCUAAAUCCAGCUGAAGAUGCAGCAGGGCAGGUGAUUUCUACAGCCGCGUACCCAACUUACCUCUGCAGAGAUGUUAAAAAUAAAGAGCAUGAGAGACUGUCGAGAUACGACUCGACCGGGGAAAGUGCCACAGACAGACCUCUGGGUGUCACCAGCUCUUACACAAGAAGGGAGACAAGGCUAGCUGCUCUGAACAGACAGGAGCAGGAAUCUACUGCCAAAGACUAUAAAAAGAUGUACACAGAAGCUUUGCAGGACAAUGAGAAGCUGAAAUCCAGACUGCAGGACAGCAAACAAGAAUUGGUCAGAAUUCGAUCUCAGCUGGAGAAAGUCACUCAGAGGCAGGACAGGAUAUCCGAAAGAUCUACAGUCCUUGAAACAGAGAAAAGAGAAAAGCAAGCCCUUGAGAAAAGAGUGUCAGACAUGGAAGAGGAAAUAAAGGCUUUCCCUGCUCUGGUUCAGGUCCAGGCCCUGAGGAAGUUCAACGAGUGCCUCCUGGCUGAGAACAGAGCCAUGCUUCGCGUCCUCGCCCGCCUCUCUGAGACGGCCUCCAUGCCGGAGACAGAGGACCUCUGAUCCUCGGGAUCAUCUGGCCUAAUUUCCUACCCUGCUCUCCUUUUUCCUUCAGACACAUUACUCCUCUUUCCUUCUGGUGCAUUCACAGCUUUUCUCCGCCUUCUCUGCUGUCUUCCUCUCAGGGUUUAACAGAGCUCAAGUCAGACAACCAGAGGCUAAAGGAUGAAAACGGGGCUCUCAUCCGAGUCAUCAGCAAGCUGUCCAAGUGAAAAGAUGUCUGAAACUCCUCGUGUGUGUUUGUGGAUUCUCCAACUCUGUUACAGCAUUUUAUCCGUCCACAAGAUUCCAGGUUGUUCUUCCAGUCUGUUUGAACUGAUUCUAAUGAUUACUGGUGAAUGUUCCAAAGAUCCAAAAAUAAUCACGUUCAGCACUUGUCAUGGCUGGGCUGUACAGUUUGAUCAUCUUGAUUUCAUUUUCUUUAAACUAUUUUGUUCACAUGUCCAUAUGGACCAGGUGUUCUAUUAGAAUGAUGAUCCAGAAGGUGUUUGCAUGACAGUACCUGAUAGUAGUAACCCACCACAUCCACACAAGUUAGUCACCACAUUUAGCACCUCAUAGUUUUUUUUUUUUUUUUUUGUUUUUUUAAUUUGCUGUGGGUGAACGUAUGAAACACUUUUUAAAAACUUCCAAUUUCUGUCAGACAUACUUUGGGUAAAGUUAGAAGUAAAACACGCUUUAGAGAGUUUUUCUUUGAGUUGUGUCAGCUUCCCACAGUCCUGCGCCUCUGAAACUGGGUUUUAAUCACUCCGAGUCACGUAAACCGCUCUAGGUUGGUUCUUCUACAGGGCUCUAUAGGUUAUUAUGUAGUACACUAAAAAGUGUGGAGCUUGUAGUUCCCUGUGUUUUGGCCCAGAGUUAAACAACGCACACACUAAGCCUUCAGUUUUAAUUUGUCAACUAAAAGGUUUCCGUCAGAGCCAAGAGUGUGAACGUGAUGGCUCUCCUAAAAUGUAUAUACAGUAUCACAUUAAGUCUGACCUGAAGACAACCCAUGAGCUUAUGUAAAUAAAAAGAGAAAGCGAUAUAUAUUUAUUUAUUUAACAAACAUUUGUUUUUGUUUCGGUUAUCCUAAAGGCGAUCCUCUAAUGAAAUAAUGAAAACUAAAGUCAGAUCAAAUGUUGCUAAUCACAUAUGUAAAAAUUAAAUCUGUCCACCUGUGAGCGAAAACACAAAAUGACUUUGCACACGUAUAACCAAACACUCAACUCCUGGAGUGAAGCAGACCUCAGUCUCCUGAUUAAAGAUGUUUUGGCUUUUUUGCACGUUUUGCACUUUUUUACUGUUGAGUUGACCAAAAUGCCCCAAAAUGUACUUGUGCAUGUGUUUCCAGUGUUACGUCAAAGGGUGGUUCAGAUCCUUCCACAUGUUUGGUAAAAAAGUAAACUGAAAAGCUCCUUGAGCAUCUUUAAUUGUGGGAAAGCUGACAGCGAGCCACAGUAGGGCCAGUAAGAAGUUUAAUGCUGCAAUCUUAAACAUGUCAUAGCAGUUCAUAAUAGUAAUACUAAUAGGGUUAGGUCAUCAUUGUAAAUUUCACUUUACAUGGUUAUUUCUAUUAAAUAUGAUGUUUGUUUGCAGCAGAAAUCUGCAGCAGGCCCAACUUAAACAAGAAUCUAUGGCUGGCAUUCUUUACGUUCUUUAAAACUGAUGGGAAAGUAUGGUUUGAUAAGUGUUUGGGUGAACCACUUAACACAUUUCUAAUCUCAAAAAUGUCUAACAUUUCUCUAGGUCAGUUCAUCCCCAGGCCAAUUAUAAUUGUAAAUGAGAACAGGUUCAUCAUGCAUCACAAGUGUGAUUAGGUUUUGGAUUUUGACUCAUUAACUGCCAGCCAUUUCCUGAUCAAUAAAGCCCUUUGCGGCCAGCGUUUCGCUGUUUUUAAGAGUCACAGAAUGUUGCGCUCUAUGAUGAUGUCAAUGCCAAAACUACUAAAACAAAAAGUAGACUCACCUCUUACAUAAGGAAGAAUCUGCGUGUUUCAGGCAUUAUCUGUUCUUUCAUAAUUCGUUGUCAAAUGGUGAUCGGCAGAAGCUUUUCCGGUUCACGUCUCACUUUUUUUUACAGUAGUGGCUCAAAACGAUCUCGUAACACAUGGAUUUUCUGCUUCCUGAUCAUGUGACAUGUGACAUAUGUGGAAGAAGAUCGGCUUUAGAGCUGAGAUGUUUGUUCUCGCGUUACAGGGGCUCGUUCCGACGCUCACACAGUAAAAAUAUGUGUGGGCAGUGAACGGUUGGAUUUAAAAAGACGGCUCUAGUCAUCAAUGGCAGUUCAUGAGUUAAUCACCUGAAACUCUGUUCUGAGCUGAAUGAUGUCUUAACUGUGAGACAGGAAGCAAAUUAGUGCAAACUGGUAACCAUUAAGUACUCAACUGGUAUGAAUUGUCUUAGAAGGUAGAAUGGUUGUUUGAACUUUCCCAUAGUAUGGUGGGCAUCAUGCUCAGGCAUGAAGCUAAAUGAAGAAAAUCCUGAACAGUAAAUGAGUCAUUGGAGCAGAUCAGGAGCAGCGAGAAAACUCUUUAAAGUUAUGUGAUUUCUUAAAGAUUGAGAAACAAACAUUCCCAACAUGUUUUGCUCUUUCAAGCUGGAUGUGGAUUGUUCCAGUGUUCAUGUUCAGCCACCUAACAACCCACAUUCAUAAUAUUCACUUUAAUCAAUAAAACAUUUCCGUGCAUAUCAAACACAAACGACUCGUGGUUAUUAAAAGGCCUUUAUUUCCUAUUUGUUUUUACAGAACUGGUAACACUUAUGAUAAAUUUGUAAUAAGUUGUUUGGUUCCCUUGAUAACUUCAAUAAGGAGCCCCAAUGUAUGUCCAUGUAAGGGUCAAGAGGAGUUUGUGAGCAACGUUUGUGUCCAGUCAAAGGCUAAAGCAUGCGAUCCACAGUAGGCACAAGUACUGACAUGAACACGCGCACCACGACACUAGACACAAAGAAACAGCUAGGGGACACAACCUGACUGUCCUCUGAUGGUUUGGGAGAGGAUGAAGAAAAAGAAGUGAAGCAGGGAUAGAAGGAAAAGAAAAUACAGCUGCAUUGGGGAUGAGCAAGGGAGGGCUGAGCACUCGAGAGGGGUGUUUGGGUUACGGUCCUCCAUGUUCGGCAGUAUACGUUUUGUCCGUGUGGUAAACAUGAAGGCCAGCAUUCUUUAUGCUCCACUAAAGCCGAUUCAGAUUCCUCUUAAUGACACUGGCAGCUGGUUACACUUAAGACAAGGAUG